AUGGCGGUUGACCGGUACAUUGUUGUAGUUGACCCCCAAAUUGUCCAGUACAUUGUUGUAGUUGACCCCCAAAUUGUCCAGUACAUUGUUGUAGUUGACCCCCAAAUUGUCCAGUUGACCGUUGACCAGUACAUUGUUGUAGUUGACCCCCAAAUUGUCCAGUACAUUGUUGUAGUUGACCCCCAACUUGUCCAGUUGACCGUGAUUGUCAUCAGCUGUGAAGUUGUGGACUAUGAUUACGUCAGACUUGACAGACGGAGCGUGAACAUUUUGCCACUGAACGAGCGCCACACGACUGGCAGUGUGAUGAGUUGUGCGGCAAGAUGUGUGGACAGUACUAGCGACUGCCGCAAUCUGAUGUAUGAUGAGACCACUGGAGUGUGUAUUCUAGGUCACUGGAUUCUACCAAAAGACUCGGUCAAUGAAUCAGUGCCACAACCGUCAGCUGAGUCAACGCUCUUCUCGCUGGGCAAGUUCUGUCAAGUCAAUGAGACGGUCAACUUCAUCGGCAAUGGCAGGAUGGGAUCUUGUAACACUGCUGCUUGUCUAGAACAGCAAAACAUAGCAAGAAAGAAUUCCAAUGUGCUCUAUGACCCAGCUAUUUAUAAAUCCUGUUCGGACGUCAAGAACUCCAGCAACCCCAGACAACUUUUACAACUGUCGUCUGGUCUUGUCGUCAUGUGUGACACAGUGACAGAUGGAGGGGGCUGGACAAUUUUCCAACGUCGCGUCUCCGGUGUCGUGGACUUUUACCGCAACUGGGAGGAAUACAAACACGGGUUCGGAGACUUCGACGCUGGAGAAUUUUACCUGGGCAACGAAAACAUUUACUGUCUGAGCAACAACAAGACAUACGAGAUGAGGAUCGACAUGACCUACCUUGGCAACAGCUACUUCGCCUCGUAUUCCAGCUUUAAAUUCUACCCGGAAACUGACUUCUACAAGAUGGCGGUGUACGGUUUCUAUGGCAACACGUCGGACGCUCACAGUCUGAUCAACAACGAGCGUUGGUUCGGCACGUACGACAAGAGUUACGACACGACGGGCACGUGGUGCGCCGAGUUCUGUCACGGUGCCUGGUGGUACAACGGUGGCUGCGGCUACACCCACCUCAAUGGUGUAUACGGCAGUCGCCAGUACAAGAGCGGCAUCCAGUGGUGGUACCUGACAGAUUUCUACAGCAGCCUCAACUCCACGGAGAUGAAGAUCAGAGCUAAACCCGUGUGA